AUGUGGAGUCCAGGAGUGCCGGCAUAUGAUGCAACCAGCAAACAAAUGUUCAACAUGCGAGCUGCACUUAUGUGGACAAUCUCCGAUCUUCCUGGCUAUAGUAAUUUAUCUGGCUGGAAUGUGAAAACUGAAUAUGGUUGCCCGUGUUGUUGUCUCGACACCCACUCGAAAUAUUUGAAAUAUGGCAAAAAAUAUUGUUUUAGGGGUCAUCGUAGAUUCUUGGAUGAAAAUCACAAGUUUAGAGAUGAUUCAAUAUCAUUUGAUGGCAAUGUAGAAUAUGGCUAUAAGCCCACUCGAGCCUAUGGAAAUGAUUUGAUUAGUGAGUUGAAUGAUGUUAUCACUGUAUAUGGUAAGAGAAUAUCUUUACCAUUGAAAAAAAAGAAGCUCGAUGGCACCUCAAGACAACAUAAUUGGAAAAAGAAAAGUAUUCUCUUCGAGCUACCUUAUUGGAAAGACAAUUUGAUUCGUCACAACCUUGAUAUAAUGCACAUUGAGAAGAAUGUUUGUGAUAAUAUUAUGUGGACGGUUUUGGGCAUCAAAGGAAAAUCAAAAGAUAAUUUGAAUGCUCGUCUAGAUCUUCAAGAUUUGGAAAUCAUAAAUGCGCUUCAUCCACAACUACAUGGCAAUGGGAAGGCUUAUUUGCCUUCUGCAAGCAAUAACUUUAGGCAAUUGUACUCCAAAGUAAGUCGUGCGAGUGAUUUCGAAGCACUAGAGCAGAGCAUAGCAUUAACUCUUUGCCACCUGGAAAGAAUUUUUCCUCCGGCAUUUUUUGAUUUGAUGGAGCAUCUACCGAUUCAUCUAGCUGAGGAAGCUAAGUUGGUUGGACCAGUUCAAUAUCGCUCGAUGUUUCCCAUUGAGAGGUACUUAUGUACACUUAAGAACUAUGUCCGCACAAGAAGUCGCCCAGAAGGCUCGAUUGCCGAAGGAUGCUUAGUUGAAGAAUGUAUGAACUUUUGCUCUCGGUACUUGGGUGAUGUAGAGUCAAUAGGUGAUCGUUCUAGGAGAAAUUAUGAAGGUUUUGAGAAUAUUUGCAAAGAGAAGGUUUCAACAUUAGAGAAAAGUGACAGAAAUGUAAGUCAACUUACAGAUGAAGUGAGAUGCUUAGCAAGAGGUCCUGAUAGAUGGGCAAAAAUAUAUUCUGGUUACGUGAUAAAUGGCUUUAGUUGGGUUGACAAUAAUGCAGGGGUUAGAGAGGAUGAGUUUAAGUUUACCUUAGUAAAUUUCAACCAUUUGUUAUAUAAGCAUAAUCGAAUUUCGGAUGAACCUUUUGUCUUAGCUUCUCAAGCCCAACAGGUAUGGUAUGCGCAAGAUCCGAUUGACAUAAAUUGGCAUGUUGUUGUUAAGACAAUACCGCGUGACUUAAUUGAUAUGAGGUCAAAUGACCUCAUGGGAGAUAUUAUGGAGAAUGAGGAGUCUGGUCUUCUCAAUGGGCAGUCGUUGAAUAAUUCUACUACCGAUUGUGAUGAACGUGAGACAUGGGUGAGGACUGAUGUGGAAGGAAGUAUAGUUCUUACAUCUGAAAUUCAGGAAUUUGAAAUAAAUAGGAUGAACCAUCAAGAUGACUUGGGUGAUGAAGAUGAAUAUGAGAAUGACAAUGAGGAAGACUUAUACUACAGCGAUGACGAGGAAACUAACCUUGAUGCAGCUCAAGCUACUGGAUUUAGGCUCUAA